AUGCGGUUGCGUAUUGAGCGUGCGGCACGCAUGGAGCAGCGACACUUUGCCGAGAAGGAACUCAGCGCGCGUGUCGAUGAGCUCCUGCAGACCUUAGCUCGCCGCAUACUGGUCUGUGCUCCGACGUGGGCUGCGCAGGCAAGUGCGAGCUCUCGAAAUGGCUCAACUGAUCACGUCAGCGGUGCUGCGGCGCUCUCCUGGGGAGGAUGGCGCGAUGCAGAGUUGGCAGAUGUGCGUUCCACGAUGACGGAGGUUCAGGAGCUGGUGGAUCUACACGUUGUCCGGCCUCGUGAAGCUGCAGCGGCUACUCAUGAGGGUGGAGCUGAUAGCAUGAGGGGGUCUUCAUCAGUCGCAGCUGAGCUGAGCAGUGACGCUUCGGCCGUGCCGGCAUCGUCUGUCCGCUUUUACGAAGUGUUUGUGCGCGAACUCAUCGAGCGGAUCUUCGGCUCCGUCACGAAGACCGCCCUUUCCUCUGUGGUGUCCCCUGAUGGCACACAUGGCGUAUCUGGUGCAGCGGAAGAUGAUACGGUUAUCGUGCACGGCGCUGCCCCGGACGACGCCUCGUCUCUUUUUCCUGCCCAGUCGGUGCUGCGCCUUCCCGCCAUCGUCUACAUUGGGUGGCGCUGUGGCUACAGCCUUCUCACCUCGAUCGGCAGAAUGCUGAGCGUAGCGGACGACGAUCGUGCGGCUAGCUGGCUGGACGUCACCUCCGCCGCACUCCGCAGCCUACUGGAUGGUGCGCGCACUCACGGCUUUCAUCCGUCUGCCGUGGCGGCACCCACCGCAGCAGACGCGCUGCAUCACUUCGUGGUGCGCACAGAGAUGCAAGCACGCUCUUUACAGUGUCUAUGGUGGUGGUGCAGCCUAGUUUUCAAGCAUGGCUACACGCAUGGCUUGCUGCCUAGUCCACCAUCAGCACCGUCUGCCGCGACUCCACUGAACACUCCUGAGAGCACGAGAACGUCUCCCAGCACAACUACGGCCACGGCUGUUACUGCGGCUGGUGGUUGUGGCAGUGCCAGUGGUACCACCAUGCAUGCCUCGUUUGCCGAUAGAGAAGACUACAGAACGCUCUGGUACAUUGGCCGCGCUGAGGCGGCGGAGUACCUCAGCUCGACGGUUCUACCCAAUGUCGCCCACUUCCUCCACGCCGCCGUGGCGAAGUUUGUGUUCUCUGCUGCUGCGUCGCCACCGCAGUACUGGCCGAGUCACGCUGCGCACCUCACGGGGGCUGUUCAGGCCGUUCGCGACGUCUCAGUGCAUCUCUUUCCAUCCCCGGCACUGCCGACCAGCGCAUCUCCUUCAGCGACGUCACCCUCUUCUCAUUUUCAGCUCACUGCGGCCACGGCUAGUUUCCUGCGCCACGCGGUGCACGAUGCGCUGCUCCCGGUGGCGGAGCGCGUCCUGGACAACCCGGCGUUGCUGCAAGACUGCAUCGCGCCGACCGUGGAAGCGGCAUCCAUUACGCCAGGAACAGCAGCGCCGACGAGUGCAUACGACGGCUGGGACAGCAGUUGCGAAGAGGAAUGGGAAGGCAUGCAGGUGAAAGAUGGCGCCAGUCGUUGCCUCUCGAGAACUCAGCCUGCCGUGACCGCUGCCGCGCCGGCAGAGGCAUCACAGAACACCCUCACCUACACACUCGACACACUGGAGCGCGAGCUUGGUGACUUUGUGCGUGCUGACAGCGUCGUCAUGACGCUGCGGCGGCUUUGA